AGGAGCAGGCACAAGGAGAGGGCAAGGUAGAGGUGUAAGAAUGCGUGGUGGUGGCAUUCCAAGGGCUGCAAGAACAGUAGUCAGUGAUGAAAUUCGUGCCACUAUCAUUGACCAUGUAAUCAACCACGGUCUCUCACUAAGAGAGGCUGGUGAAAGAGUGCAACCCAAUUUGAGGCGGUCAAUGGUUGCCGCCAUUAUUCACAUCUUUCAACAAACCAACAGAAUGCAACGUCUUCCACCCUCUGGGGGAAGAGGAAAGCUCCUCAAUAAUGAUCAAGAGCUUGCCAUUGUAGAAAUGGUUGUUGCAAAAAUGCAAUAAAACUGCAUGAAAUUAAAACUAGAAUUGUGGAGGACCAUGAGAUAUUUGGCAAUAUAGAAAGCAUCAGCCUCACAACCAUUACACGUACAUUGUCCAAACACAGAGUGCGGAUGAAGCAGCUCUACACUGUUCCCUUUGAGAGGAACAGUGAGAGAGUCAAGGAGCUACGACGACAAUAUGUCCAGAGAGUUAUGGAAUUGAAGGCCAACCAGGCCCCUCAUGAAUUCAUUUACAUAGAUGAGGCAGGAUUCAAUUUAUCCAAAAGGCGUCGACGUGGACGAAAUAUAAUUGGAAAAAGGGCCACAGUUGAUGUGCCAGGACAGAGAGGGGCAAACAUUACCAUGUGUGCAGCAAUGGCAAAUGCAGGAUUACUCCUUCACAGAUGUCAGGUUGGACCCUAUAACACCGAGCGCCUCCUUGCCUUUCUCAAUGAUCUCCACAAGCGCCUGGUACCAGAGCAGGAUCAGGAGGGUGAAAACAUGAGGACCUUUGUAAUUACCUGGGACAAUGUUGCUUUCCAUCAUUCGCAAGCAAUAACAGCAUGGUUUGAAGUCCACCCAAGACUGGUAAGUCUCUUCCUUCCACCCUAUUCACCUUUCCUCAACCAGUUCUUUUCUGCAUGGAGGUGGAAGGUUUAUGACCAUCAGCCACAUGACCAGAUGUCCCUCCUUGAAGCCAUGGAUGCUGGCUGCAGGGACAUCACAGUUCAAGAUUGGCAAGGGUGGAUCCGACAUACCAAGCGGUUUUAUCCCAGGUGCAUCGCCUUGGAUGAUAUCAGAUGUGAUGUUGAUGAAAACAUGUGGCCGAACCAUGAAGAUCGCAGGGAUUAGAUACAUUAAUUUUGUGCUAUUUUUAGUUCCCCCCUUCUUAUCUGGGCUUUUUGCUGUUUUGUUUUUUGUUUUUCAGAAUGCUCUUAUAUAUGAUAUUUUGUUCACUGUAAGCAAUACUGUAAAACUUUUUCUGUUCUAUUAUAUUGUGUUUCUACUGUACCUCCUUUAGUAAACAGUAAAGAAAAAAAUAACUGUGGACAUACAGUUCCCAACUAAGAAGUUUUGUGUAAAAGGUGGAUUGCAUGUUACCUGAAACAUAAAAGUCUAUGCAGUUUUUCUAAUGUCAACAAUAGCCAGUAUUUUGAAACCUGGUGUACUUUGAUUGACUGCAUAUACCUUGUGAAGUGAAAACAAGUGUUAUUGUUUGACAGAAUAAUUUCAUUUUGAGUCAGAUUUCCAGUGUUUCGGUAAAGUUAGUGUGUGCAGAGAAAGAUGUGUUCUGUUUUGAAAUGGAGAGUUAGUAUAUAUUUAACAAAAUGUGUUUUUGAGAGGAAAAUUAUCAAUUUGGCCAAUUGUGUUCUG